AUGGUCGAGACAACAGAAGAAAAGGAAAUCAAACGCGUCAGACGUCUUAUUACUAGAGCUGACACUAAACGCACUAUUGCCGUCAAAAAAAUUCGUUCAAUUAACAGCCUCGCUAAACGCGCUAAAGAUGAUCCUAAUCUUAUGGAUGAACUACAUGUAGCGGCUUCGACACUGGAUGAUCUGUGGAAACAGUUCGAAGCAGCGGACAAUGAUGUGUUAGACAGUCUGCUGGAAAUAAACGCCGAAAUCGAAUAUUCGGCCGAAUUGCCAGCCGAAGUGCUCUCUAUUAUCAAUGCCACUACGGCAAUCGCCAUGCAGGGCAAUUUCAAUGACUUCAAAAAUGCUAAAGGUAUUCCAGGUGAACAAAAACAAGCUAGCGACCCACCAUUUAAGUCAGCAUCUAGAUUACCUGAAAUCCCGUUACCGUCGUUCAAUGGUGAUUUUAAUUACUGGCCGACGUUCCGCGAUCGGUUCUCCGCACUCGUUGGCGAUAGGACCGACAUACCGAAAAUUGAUAAAAUGCAACAUUUGAUCGGAUGUCUGCAAGGUCCCGCAGCUGAUGCCAUACGCAAUAUACCCGUGUCUGCUGACAAUUACGACCUCGCGUGGUCCACGUUAUCAGCACGUUUUCAUCGCCCGCGACUAGUCGCAAAUGGGUUGAUCGACAAAUUGCUCAACGCCCCGAUGUCGUCGCAAGAGACAUUAUCCGAUCUCAAUAAUUUUGUAUCGACCUUUUCCGAGAAUAUUGCGCUGUUAAAUGCACUGAAGAUCAAAGACCUCGGAUCAUUCAUAGUGUUUUCCAUGGCCUUUCGGUGUCUCCCGGCAUCUACACGCAAAUUGUUUGAGUCGUCCACUCCUUCGGAGUUUCCGUCGGUGACUGAAUUGCUCACUUUCGUACAGUCCCGUGUGGCGAUCUUGGAGAUAGCUGGAGACCAUCAGAAAAGGUCCAAUAAUCGACCACAGUCCACAUCACAAAGCAGCGCGCUCGUUAAGAGGGUUCCGUUCAAGUCAACUACUACAUCGUUAGUUAUUUCGAAGCCAUCGAGCUCCAAGAACGAUUCCUGUCCGAAUUGUCGUGGAAAGCAUACCAUUACUGACUGUCGGAAGUUCGCGUCGUUGUCGGUCGAGGACCGCAACAACUGGGCGCGUGAAAACGGUGUGUGCUACACGUGCUUGUCGACCAAUCAUUGGGCCAACAAAUGUCACUCAAGACUCCGCUGUGAAACUUGUUCCAGGAAACACCAUACGCUACUUCAUGGGUUUUCCACACGUCGCCAGUCAGAUAGCGCCCCAUCUAGCGGUGACGCGUCCUUGUAUGCUGCAUCAAUGCCAUCCAGAACUGACGAUUCAGCAGCUGUGUUAUUGGGCACCGCUCUCGUUCACAUUCGUGACCGUUGUGGCACAUGGCAAACGGUCCGGGCCAUCGUCGAUUCCGCAUCUCAAAUAAGUGCCAUAACUGUGUCCUGUUCUGCCCGAUUAGGACUCCGGCUGAAAAACUGGACAGCACCGAUCAGUGGCCUAUCCGGUACAGCAGUCGCUGAUGUCCGAGGUACGGUCGAUUGCGUCAUCCAACCACGGUUCGCUGAAGAACCACAAUUGAAAACAAAGGCGUGGGUACUGCCAGCGAUCACGUCCAAUAUGCCGCGUCGAUCUUUAGAUACCAGCGUCAAGGAUCGAUUCGCAAAUUUGGCCCUUGCGGAUCCGACGUUUAAUAUUGCUUCUCCCGUUGAUGUGCUAUUGGGCGCUGACUUGUUCGCGCAGAUAGUAGACGGCCGGAAGGUCACUGUAGCUGCCGAUCUACCCACAGCGUUCGGCUCCAUCUUUGGAUGGAUUCUGAUUGGGCCGGUGCUCCAAACUACUGUCGACUGCCACGCAUCGCUCCCUGUGUCUCUAACCGUCUCAGUUGAAAAUCUGAUUGAGAAGUUUUGGCGUGCUGAAGAACCCGCGAUGCCGCCGCCUUCGUUCACUGAGGAUGGCCGAUGUGAGGAAGUAUUCGUGGCGGAGUACAAGCGACUGCCGUCUGGACGAUUCUCCGUGCCAUUACCGACGCGCACAGCCAUGUCUACGUUAACUUUUCCAGGCUCCCGUGAACACGCGAUUAAGCGCUUCGAAAAUCUCGAAAAACGACUAUCUAAAGACCCUAAACUACAAGAAUUAUACUCCAAUUUCAUGUCCGAAUACUUGACAUUGGGUCAUAUGUCGGUGGCGAAAACGCCCGGGACAUAUUUUAUACCACACCACGCCGUAUAUCGACCUGCAGAUGGUGAUAACAAAAUCCGCGUUGUUUUUGACGCGUCCGCAAAAGGAUCGCGAGGACCGUCACUAAACGAAUGCUUGCUGCAGGGCCCCAAAUUGCAACAAGACAUCGUCGAUGUAUUGACCCGUUUUCGUGUGCCAAAACGAGUAUUCACGGCAGACAUCUGCAAGAUGUAUCGCCAAAUAUUGGUCCUACCAGAGUACCGUACACUUCAGCACGUGUUUUGGCGGUCGUCUCCGUUCGAAAAGCUUAUCGAGUACGAGCUCGACACAGUGACAUACGGGACAAACUGUGCCCCAUUUUUAGCGCUUCGCGUCCUUAAAGCAAUCGCCCUUAACGAUUGUACUGAUUACGACGACGUUCGUGACGCGUUGUUAAAUCAGACGUACGUCGAUGAUGUGUGUGCCGGCGCUGAUUCCACUACCGACGUUCUGAAACUACAAUCUGACCUAAUCUCAAUUCUAAGUCGUGCAGGGCUAGAAUUAAAAAAAUGGUCCAGUAACGAACCCGACGUUUUAAACGCCGUGCCUGUCGACCAUUGUGUGAGCUAUCCACAUCCGUUUGACGCCGACGAUGACAGCGGAAUAAAGGUACUGGGUCUUCAGUGGCGUCCGACCGACGAUUCGUUUUCGUGCGCCCUUCGCCUCAAUUUAUGGCCGGUCAUCUGUACGAAAAGGGGAUUGCUGUCCAUGAUCGCGAGGAUCUACGAUCCGUUAGGACUGUUCGCACCAGCAACCUUUCACGGUAAAUGCAUAAUGCAACGCACAUGGUCGGCGAAAGUGUCAUGGGAUGACCCUCUUCCUCAUGACAUUUCGCGGGACUGGGAAUCGUUUGUAUCGGACUUGCCAUCACUGAACGACCUGAAGGUGCCUCGUCAUUUCAAUUCCCGUCGUGGAUCGCCGUGUCUGUUGCUAGGAUUUUGUGAUGCUUCCCAACACGGUUACGCUGCUGUUUUUUAUACAUAA